CUCCGAUUGUAGUCCUCCAGGAACAACCUGCAAUCUCCCUCCACACACAGCAGGAUGGCCCCCGACAAGAAGGACAAGAAGCGCAAGGCUGCGGCCGCCGUCGCCGCCGAUUCGCCCGCGAAGAAGACCAAGAAGGUCGAGGCCAAGCCCUCCGAAUCCCCCAAGGACGCCCCCAAGUCUAUCCUCAAGAAGGCCAAGAAGAAUGAGCCCGCUGCGAAGGCCGAAUCCGAUCCCAAGGUGAAGGCCAAUGGCCAGCCCGCCAGACAGGUCAAGCCUCGCAAGCGCGCCGCCGAUUUCCUCAGCGACAACGAGGACAGCGAGCCCGAGGUCGAAGCCGCCAAGCCCAAGGCCGAGAAAGAGAAGCCCAGCACCAAGAAGUCGAAGAAGGAAGAUGGAACCGCUGCGCCCGCCACGAAAGCGAAGCCCACCAAGCCCGACACGAAAGCAAAGAAGGCCGCGCCCGUCGCCGAAGAGUCCGACAAGGAGGAUGAGCCCGUCGCCUCGGAGGCUAGUGAGAGUGAGGUUGAGGAGGAUGACCGCACCGUCGCCCUCAUCCGCGGCUUCGAGAGCAGUGGUGACGAGGAUGAGUCCGGCGAUGAAGGCUUCGACUCCAACAAGGCCGUCCCCAAGAUUCCUGAUUCCAAGAAGGCCAAGCGCAAGAUCCUGAAGAAGCAGAGGGAGAAUGCCGGCAGUGCUGAGGAGCCUGGUACGGUUUACGUUGGACGCAUUCCCCACGGUUUCUACGAACACCAGAUGCGCGAAUACUUCUCCCAGUUCGGUGAAAUCACCCGUCUGCGUCUCUCUCGUAACCGCAUCACCGGUCGCUCUAAGCACUACGCUUUCAUCGAGUUCGCGUCCACCUCGGUGGCCAAGAUUGUCGCCGGAACCAUGGACAACUACCUCAUGUACGGCCACAUCCUGAAGUGCAAGUACGUGCCGGCAGAGCAGCUGCACCCGGAGAUCUGGAAGGGCGCAAACAGACGGUUCAAGCGGACCCCGUGGAACCGCAUCGAGAAGAAGCGUCUGGACAAGGGCAAGACGAGGGAGCAGUGGACGGAGCGUAUCGGCAGAGAGCAACAGAGACGCCUGGCCAAGGCCGAGAAGCUCAAGACUGCCCUGGGAUACGACUUCGAGCUGCCGCAGCUGAAGAGCGUGGACGAGGUCCCUGUUCAGGAGGCCAAGGCCAUCGAGGCCUCCGAGCCGGCCGCCGAAGAGCCCGUCAAGGCCAUCGAGGCCACCUCGACCGAGGAGAUCAAGGCUGAGAAGCCCGCUGAAGAUACCCCCAAGAAGACCAAGAAGACCAAGAAGGCGGCCCAGUCCCCUGCUGCGCAAGAGACUCCCAAGUCGGAAGAGAAGCCCGCCCCUAAGAAGAGCGCUGAGGUUGCUGCCUCCCCUGCCGGCCAGAAGGCUAAGAAGGUCCAGAAGAAGACCAAGACCAAGGCCAAGGCAUAGAGCGAUAGUCCUUAGAUUCUACUGUAUUUCUUAUGGCAUCAAACAGUUUCAUUCGGAGUUAGUUCAAUUGUACAUGAAAAUAGCGGGACAUCAGCUGCACG